UUUAAAAUAAAUCAAAUCCAUUAUUUUGCAUGGUUCAAGUAAAGAGAUAAGACAGAAGAAAAGUCUAUGAAUAUUUGUUAUUGGAAGGUGUUAUAGUAAUAAAGAAGGUAUAUUUUUACAUAUAAAUAUAAGGACAUGGCACUUCCAGUUCAUGCUGAAACAGGAGUAAAAAACUUAGAAGUUUGGAUGCUUUUGAGAAGUUUAAGAGAUAAAAAGCUUGUUGAUUUAGUAUUCUCAUGGUAAUACUACUAUUAUUACCUAAAAGCUGAAGGUGUAAAAUAUGUGAGAGAUAAAUUGGGUAUCUGAAAUCAUUUAUUGUAAAGGCAUUGUUGAAGAUGUUAUUCCAGCCACUUUCAAAAAAGCUGAUAAAAAGUUUGAAGAUGAUGUUCCUGAAUAAAGAAGAGGUCCAAGAGGAAAUAAACCUUUUGGUAGAGGUGGUAAUAGAGGACCAAGAAGAGCAGAAGAAACAACAACAGAAACAGCAUAACAAUAAUAAUGAUAUUGAUAUAUAAAAAAUGGUACAAUAU